AUGUUUAAAAAUAAAUAUGUUAAGAGGUGUAGAAGCCUAAGGAAGAUUGGUGCUGCGAGGGAGUUGUUUGGUAAAGUAGAGAAGAGAGAUUGUGUUAUAUGGAAUGUGAUGCUUAAUGGGUUUGCGAAAUGUGGGGAUUUAGAUAGUGGAAUGAGGAUGGAUGGGAUUCGUCCUAAUGCUGUCACUUUUGAUUGUGUUUUAUCUUUGUGUGCCUAUAAGUCGUUGAUUGAUCUUGGAGUUCAGGUAUCAAGCUCUCUUAUCUCAAGCUCAGAUCUUCUCAAGCUCAGACCCUCUCAAGCUCAGAUCAGAGGCGGACCUACCCUUUAA